AUGCAAGCUUUCUACGUAUUCCUCGUCUCUCUCCUUCUCACCCUCAAUUCCAGGGGAGAAGCCAGUGGUUCUUUUUUCUUCAUAGAUGGAUCCAACAACCAAUUUCUUCGUCCACGAUCAGAGGCACUUCCCAUGUCACUCUCUGAAAUAUCCGCAGCGGUGUCUGCUUUGUUGGGUUUUGCACCUCCAGCAACUUUGACAGCUGAUGGCUCAUCCAAGUUGAACAGGAUUUUAAAGCCUAAUCCAUUUGAGAGGCCUCAUGCUGCUUUUGUGCUAGAAAUUGCUGGAGCUGAUGCGCUUGCUGAAACCUACCCCAGUCAUUCUUUCUUGGGCAAUGCCAUAAGGGGCAGUAUCAACGCUGAUUCUUUCAAAGCUGAUAUUGAACUUCCAGAAAGCGAAGUGGCUGUUGUUUCUGUUAAUGAACACUCAUCUGAUGUGACUGACCAAGACAUUACUGAUUUUGCAUCUUGGUUGGGUGGAUCAUAUGUUGCUGGCUCUGCUGAACCAUUGACUGGAUCGCUGAGUAUCCCUCUGGCUGGGGGUGCUAAUGUGGAGUUCCAUUUAGAGAAGGAAGCAGAAAGGAAAUUUGCAUUGAACCUUCUGAACCUGUAUCAGAAUGUCAGACAGGCAGUCAACCUUCACGAGGAUUUAUCUCAUGGUAUUGAGAGACCUGCUGAAUUAACGUUUGGACGCUUUGGUGGUAUUGAUGCUUUAGCAAAGGAGUAUGGACAAGGUAUGGCUAAGCAAGGAAUGGAUGUAUUGCUUGCCACAUUAUCAAAGCUAUUCAAUCUGUUGGAGACAUCUCAUAAAGGCCAAAUUGUUGGGGUGAUCGUCCUUGAUGAGAGAGUAAAUCAAGAAUCAGCUAAUCUGCUAACCGUUGGGUCUUCUUCUCGUUCAUCUGCACGCUCGAUGGCUGAGGUAGAGGGAAUUCCAAGUCCAAUCAUUAUCGCUCAAGUUCUUCUUGUUAGGCUGACGCUUGCAUGGUUAACUGGAAUAAUCCUUCUCAUUGCAACUAUCCUUGGGGUGUACUUCCUUAUGUACAUGCCUUUGACGAAAGACACGCUUCUAUAUUCCAACGUGAAGCUCGAUUAA